CCGCUGAAGGAGGAGAAGCAGCAUCCGCAGCCGCCGCCGCAGCAACUUGACCCAAACAACCCCGCCGCCAACUGGAUCCACGCUCGCUCCACCCGGAAAAAGCGCUGUCCCUACACCAAAUACCAGACGCUGGAGCUGGAGAAGGAAUUCCUCUUCAACAUGUACCUCACCCGGGACCGGCGCUACGAGGUGGCAAGGAUUCUAAACCUCACAGAGAGACAAGUUAAAAUCUGGUUCCAGAAUCGCAGGAUGAAAAUGAAAAAGAUGAGUAAAGAGAAAUGCCCCAAAGGAGACUGACCCCGCGAGGCGCCGGCAGGACCGCUCCGCUCUGCGCAGGCGGUGGGGGUUUUCUUUGUGGGGGCUUGAUUUCCAGAAAUUCUCCAGCGAUUCGGACAUUUUACCCUGUUUUUAGGUAGAAGUGACUGUGUGGUUGGUCUCUGUGAGGUAUUUGGGGGGGGGGGGACUCUGUAUUUGCUCGCUUAUGUGUUGGAGAAACCGAGUGACUUUGGGGUUUCUCCCUGCCCCGAGCCCUCCCUUUCCCGCCCCUGUUGGUUCCUUAGGAAAUGCUGUAUUUUGUGAGUGCACGCGGGCUGGAGCAGCUCUCUCCUUCGUAAAUGUCCCCCGUGUUUCUGAAAAGCGCUGUCGUUGAGCCCCUAGCGCUGCUCAAGCGGGGGCCACACGCGCCUCACUUCUCAGAAUGAAGGCAGCCGACGACAUGCGGAGGCCCGAAGAGGCCCCGGCCGGGUAGCCCAACGGUUUUGAAAAGCCCCUUUCCUGGGGAGCCCGCGGGCCCUUGACUGAGACCUGGAAGGAGGCCGAGAGAGGGGCCCGAGCCUCCAGUGGGGCUGGGAUGGGUGAUUCUCAGUGCACCGGAGGAGCCGCCGUCCCCGGGGGAGCUCGGCUCGCGUGGGCAGCCGCGGGUGUAGGCCCUCCCGGUUCCUGCCUGAGGACCAGUUGUAAAUGUUAUUACCGCUUCCUACCAAUAAAUGCUGACCUGAUCAAAUGGAGCCCAGACGCUGGCCCUGAA